UUAAACACAAUGUUUUCAAGCCUUAGAUAGAAUAUCAAGACAUCAUGACGAAGGCAAAAUUGUUUUCAUUUGUCAUAUUAAUAACGUCUGCAAUUUCUGUCUCGUUUUCGGAAUAUGCAUCGACUUGCAAAAAAUUUGAUUGUGAAUAUAAAUUGUUAUCAAAAGUGAUACAGCUGGAAGAAAGAACUGCUCAACAGGAGAACAAAAUAGCUCUACUUACAGCCAAGCUUGAAGAUGCUGAAAAGUCACCAAAACAUGACAAGAAAAUUGCUAUAUUAGCCGCAAAACUAGCAGAUGCCGAACAAAAACUAGAAAAUCUGAAUAACACACUAAUAAAAACCCAGAAAUUCUCUGAUGGUGCCACAUAUAUACGAUGGGGUCGUACCACGUGUCCUGGUAAAGCCGUCCUAGUGUACGACGGCUACGUUGCUGGAUCGCAUUAUCAGCAUAGCGGCACUGCAUCAAAUCCAUUAUGUUUGCCAAAAGAUCCAGACUACGACAAGCAUACUGAAGGUUUUCAAUAUGCAGCAAGGAUAUAUGGAGCUGAAUAUGAAGCACACUCCUAUCCGGAUUGGAAGUAUUUGUAUAACCACGACAUUCCAUGUGCAGUUUGUCGAAUACCACGUAACAACGUUCUGAUGGUGCCGGGGAAAAAUCAUUGUCAUGACAACUACAUACUAGAAAAUAAAGGCUAUCUUAUGGCUGAGAACUGGAAACAUCUCUCAUCCUCUGAAUUUGUGUGUGUUGAUGAAAGUCCUGAAACGUUAGAGGGAACUCAUCAGAAUCUGGAAGGAAAACUGUUUUAUUUUGUUGAAGGGGAAUGUGGUUCACUACGAUGCGAUCCAUACAAAAACGGAUGGGAGCUGACAUGUGCUGUGUGCUCAUACUCAAAAAACGCAGGAUCGACAAGUCUACAGCCUUUCACAUAGUUUAAAAGGUCUGACUGUUUUACAAAACACAUCCAAGAUAGAGACGGCGAAACAAAUUAUAUUUUCAAAACAUUUUUUGGUAUUAUCCCUUAUGAAAUUUUCAUAACAACAAUAUUUAAGGAACAUUAACACUGUAACGUAACGAUGAUAUAUGUAUUAGUAUAAUUUUAUCACCAAACAUAUGUCAUGUUUAAAUAAAUCAAUUUUUUAUUAACGACCGACUUAUCUUAACGAUAUUUUGCUACUUUCAUCAAUGACUUCAUAAUGCAUUGUUUAUAAACGAGUCGAUUUCGGUUUAGUCACAGUACUUACAUAGAUAUAACAGACAAUUUUUUUCCAGUGUUACUUUCUCUUCAAGAUUCAAUAUCAAAUCGAGUUUAACGUUCGUCAAGUGAUGUAAAUUAUUCUAUAGUUUGUAAAAUAUGAAACAGUAUAUUUGCCAAACCCAAUACAAAUGAAUUGUCCGUAUGAACAGCCAUUCAUUUGAUUAAACACAUGUACUGAUGUUUCAGAACAUUUUAAUUCCUAUAUUCUUAUGACUUUAGUAUAAACGACGUUUUAGUCAUGUCAAUAGAAGAAAAAUCAUAAGCAAUGAAUUAAAGGAAAUAUAUUUUGGCCACAAUAUCCCUAAUUGAAUAAGUUCAAAAGUAUUAUAUUAAAAGCUUUCCCUGUU